CAACAACCAGUAGUUAUUUUGAGUUUAUUAAUUUUUUUCUAGAUUUUUAAGGUCAAUAAAUCCAAAUACAUUGCUACCAAGAACUACUUAGAUUACCCAGUCCAAACUCGCUAUAUUCAGUUUUGGCCAAAGGAGUGGAUAAAACAGGCAGGCUUGAGAGUUGAGGUGUAUGGAUGCAGAGGUCGCUCGCAGUCUCUGCUUAUCUCAAACAAAGCAAAAGUAUUCACUGUCACUAACACUUCCAUUGUGACUUGGACAAAAAGAAUGCAACUAAAUGAUGUCAACCCUGAAAAUACUUGGUGCGGCRAAGCUGGGAAGUUUUUACGUCUUGACUUUGGUUCAGUCAAGGAUGUCAGGACAAUUUUCAUGCAAGGACACCCGACCGAGGAGAAAUGGGUGAAGAAGUUUUUGCUACGUUAUAGCGAUGAUGGGUUGUUUUACACGAAUUUUACAACUUAUUGGGAAAUCAAGGAGUUAACAGGUAAUUCACACAGACUGGAAAUCACUAAAUUUGACGUUGAUCCAAGAGUAGCAGCUCGUUUUUUGGAGAUUCACCCUGUGGAGUGGAAUUCAGCAGCAUGUAUGAGAAUCGAGGUGUAUGGCGAUGAUGACUGCAUGGAGCCAUUAGGAAUGGCAAACCAUUUGAUUCUUGAUGAAGACAUUAAGGCAACAAGUUGGGUUACAGUAGACCAAACUCCUUCACAAKCACGUCUCUACAACAUUUAUGGUGAAGGAGCAUGGUGUCCCAGGGUAUCAAACACAGACCAGUACCUUCAAAUUACCCUGCAUGGUCUUCACCAAAUUACAGGUAUCGCUACUCAAGGRCGAUAUCCCUUACCAGACUGCAUAGCGGGUGAAUACUGGGUGACGCAGUAUUCUAUAGAAUACACAGUCAAUGGAUAUACAUGGCAAGAUUAUCAGCAAAAUAACAAAAAGAAGGUUUUUCCAGGGAAUCAAGAUUACUUUAACGUAGCUGUCAAUUAUCUUAUCCAACCAAUCACAGCCAAGAGUUUACGUAUUCSCGAUCUUGGUUUAGAGGAACACUAUAUUCCAGACUCUGCACUGACGGCAUCCAGUUCUCUUAGUGUCAAUCAUUCUCCUGCUUAUGCACGUCUUAAUCGUCAUCUUGGUCAUGGUGGCUGGUGUUCUAAUGCACAGACACCUGGUCAAUAUCUACAGAUCGAUCUUAAUAUUCCUCACAAGGUCAGUGGCUUGGCUCUUCAAGCUAAGUUGAAGUCCGUUGGAACUAACGAUAGUGAAGCGUGGGUUACUGGGUUUACAUUGAAGUACAGUCAAGAUGAAAGUCAGUGGUUUGAUUACAAAGUCAAUCCACCAGUGAUCAAGGUAACGGCAUUGUACAUGUGA